GACAGAAAGCAAGCAAAUUGCGAACAGCUCUAACGUCAUAUUUUGAUAGUUUACUUCUUGUUUUAGAUACAAUAAUAGAAUUUAAACCAGAUAAUUAUUAACAAUGUCAAAAAAAAAUAAUUGCAAUUUAUAAUUAAUUUUUUUAAAAAAUGGCUGAACAUACACCAGCUCCUUAUGCACCAAGAUCAGUUUAUGGUUAUGCAUUAUAUAUAGGAUCAAAUUUAUUAAUUUUACUUUAUUUAAUAUGGGCAUUUAUUCCCGAAGAAUUUUUGAAUGAUUAUUUAAGUUUAUCUUAUUGGCCCUCAAAAUAUUGGGCAGUAGCUAUUCCCGUUUGGGCAAUAACUGCAAUUUUAUUAUUUGGUUUUAUUAUUUAUCCUGCAAUUAAUAUGCUACUUACUCCAAAUAUUGAUGAUAUAAGAACUAUUACUGAUAAAUAUUCAAUUUCGGAAUGUGUAACGGUUACUGGUGGCAUUCCGCCAAUUUUUGACAUUCCGAUAUCUCAAGUUUGUAGAACUUUGUACUUGCCUGAUGAUAAUGAGAAUUAAAAAAAUUUUAGUAAAAAAAAGUCGGUAGAAUAA